AUGAGGAAUCUGAGGCUCAGAGAGGUGUCUAAUAUCAUUCACUUCACAAAAUAUAAUACGUCCAGUACUAUAAUAGAUACAUUGUCUACUACUGUAAAAGACCCUGAUGCUGGGAUAGACUGGGGGCAGGAGGAGAAGGGGAUGACAGAGGAUGAGAUGGUUGGAUGGCAUCACCUACUCAGUAGACUUGAGUGUGAGCCAACUCCAGGAGACAAUGGAAGGACAGGGAAGAGUAGUGUGCUGCAGUCUAUGAGUUCCCAAAGAAUCAGACACAAUUUAGCGACUGAACAACAACAACUGUAA